ACGGAAGGGGGGGGCGGGGCCUGCGACGCUAUGGCCGAGGGUGGCGGGGAGGUAGUGGCAGUACCCGCGUCCGGGGCUGCCAACGGCCUCAGCAAUGGGGCAGGCGGCGUCCCGGCGCAGACCAGUAACCCGCUGUCGCGGAAGCUGAAUAAGAUCCUGGAGACGCGGCUGGACAACGACAAGGAGAUGUUGGAAGCUCUCAAGGCACUUUCAACCUUUUUUGUUGAAAACAGUUUACGGACUCGAAGAAAUUUACGUGGAGAUAUUGAACGCAGAAGUUUGGCCAUCAAUGAAGAAUUUGUCAGCAUUUUCAAGGAGGUGAAGGAAGAACUUGAAAGCAUAAAUGAAGAUGUUCAAGCAAUGAGCAGUUGUUGUCAAGAUAUGAAAAGUCGCCUACAGGCAGCAAAGGAACAGACGCAAGAUUUAAUAGUAAAAACCACUAAGCUUCAAGCUGAAAGUCAAAGAUUAGAAAUAAGAGCACAAGUCGCAGAUGCCUUCUUAUCCAAGUUCCAGCUGACUUCUGAUGAAAUGGGUCUCCUCCGAGGCACUAGAGAAGGACCUAUUACUGAGGAUUUUUUCAAGGCAUUGGGAAGAGUAAAACGGAUUCAUAACGAUGUCAAAGUUCUCUUGCGUACAAACCAACAAACAGCAGGUUUAGAAAUUAUGGAACAGAUGGCCUUGCUUCAAGAAACAGCUUAUGAAAGGCUUUAUCGGUGGGCUCAAAGUGAGUGCAGAACAUUGACACAAGAAUCAUGUGACAUAUCUCCAGUAUUGACUCAGGCUAUGGAGGCCCUGCAGGAUAGACCUGUCUUAUAUAAGUAUACCUUAGAUGAAUUUGGAACAGCCAGAAGAAGCACUGUCGUUCGUGGAUUUAUUGAUGCUCUUACGAGAGGGGGCCCAGGAGGCACACCAAGACCCAUUGAAAUGCACUCCCAUGACCCUUUGAGAUACGUAGGAGAUAUGUUGGCUUGGCUCCAUCAAGCUACUGCUUCUGAAAAAGAACACCUUGAAGCUCUCUUAAAGCAUGUAACUAUACAAGGUGUUGAAGAAAAUAUCCAGGAAGUUGUUGGGCACAUUACUGAGGGUGUGUGCAGGCCUCUAAAGGUUCGAAUUGAACAAGUAAUAGUUGCUGAACCUGGGGCAGUUUUGUUAUAUAAAAUUUCUAACCUCCUCAAAUUUUACCAUCAUACAAUCAGUGGCAUUGUUGGAAAUAGUGCAACUACAUUAUUGACUACCAUUGAAGAAAUGCAUUUGCUAAGCAAAAAAAUAUUCUUCAAUUGCUUGAGUCUUCAUGCAAGUAAAUUAAUGGACAAGGUUGAACUCCCACCACCUGAUCUUGGACCAAGUUCUGCAUUAAAUCAGACACUCAUGUUGUUGCGUGAAGUUUUGGCAUCUCACGAUUCUUCAGUCGUACCAUUAGAUGCCCGUCAAGCUGACUUUGUGCAAGUUUUAUCAUGUGUCUUGGAUCCUCUCCUCCAAAUGUGUACUGUAUCUGCCAGCAAUUUAGGCACAGCUGACAUGGCCACUUUCAUGGUCAAUUCACUAUAUAUGAUGAAGACAACACUAGCUCUGUUUGAGUUCACUGACAGACGUCUAGAAAUGCUACAGUUUCAGAUUGAAGCACAUUUGGACACACUUAUAAAUGAGCAAGCUUCUUACGUUUUAACUAGAGCAGGCUUGAGUUCUAUCUAUAACACCGUACAGCAACAUAAGCCUGAACAGGGCUCUUUAGCUAAUUUGCCCAACCUAGAUUCUGUGGCACUGAAGGCUGCAAUGGUUCAGUUUGAUCGUUACCUCUCAGCCCCAGACAGCUUGCUGAUGCCACAGCUGAACUUUCUUCUAAGUACCACAGUGAAAGAGCAGAUCAUAAAACAGUCUACAGAACUAGUCUGCAGAGCCUACGGUGAAGUAUAUGCUGCUGUGAUGAAUCCAGUCCAUGAAUACAGAGAUCCAGAGAGCAUCCUGCACCGAUCGCCGCAGCAAGUGCACACGCUUCUCUCCUGAUAAUCUAAAAUAGUGCGUCCCUAGAACUCUAAAGGUUUUCUUGUUCUUUAGUCUGUUAAUCUUCACUUUGAAAUUUGAUGGUUACGAUUUUCUUUGUGUCAUAACAUUGUAGGUCCCAGUGGUUUCUUUUCUUUGAUCACAGAUACAUGGAAGUAAGUAAUAUAAUCUCGACCUGAGUUAGUGCUGCUCUGUAUCUGCUCCUUAUGUAGAGAUGCUGUGUUCUCUGCGAGCCACCUCCCCAGCUCUGCAGUUUUCUGGAAUAUAAAUGUAUGGGGAAAAGUCGUAUGAAAGGUUUGAGAGAUUUUUCUUUACAACAUUAGUUCCAAAUUAAUCAUACAUAAAAAAUUUGUCUAAACUUAAGAAUUAGUACAAAGGUGGGACAUAACAUCUCCUUACCUAAAGAUUAAGUUGCUUUCUUAUUAGUUAUUCAUGUGAGUUGACAUAUUUAAACUGAGGAGCAGAAAUAUACACUUAGCAAAAAGUGGGAAAAGAGAGAGAAUGAGAAGUAAUUUAAAGAGGGUGGAUGUCACUCUGUGUAUACCCUGGACUGAAUUCAAGGUGAAGUUCGCACUGCAAAAGGAUUUUAGGCAUGUAGGCACCCUGUGCUGCAUGUAAAUGUAGUGUUUAAUGAUAGGUAUUUGUUAUAUAGUAUGAACUCUAAACCUAACCAACUACGGAUUUUAUCUGGUGUUCAAACCAAAGAAAAAUGAUCUACUCUCACACCAGAGGAAAAAUACUGAGUAGCAACUGCUCACUGACAGUGUAUCUAUACCCCCUGGUGGCCCCUCACAAAGAAUGAUUUGGGCUCUGACUUUAGAACUUUACCUAUGAGUAAGAUUCAGAAUCACUGUGUUUUUCAAAAAAAUAGAUUUCGAUGUGUUUGAUGUGACUUUACUUUGUUGGUAAGAUUUCAAGGAUGAUUCUUAAUAGCAAAAUAUCUUAAUGUCUGGUAAAACUAUAAAAAGAGGUGAGUCCUUAAAUUAUAAAUGAGAAAACUGAGGCAUAAGGAAAAAAUGGACAAAGCUAAAAUAUUUUGCAAAAUGGUAAGAUAAAACUAAUAUUUAUAUAACAUAUAAUGUAUAACACAUUAUUUACAGAACAUGGCCUAUUCAUGUAUCUGAAAUUUGUAAUUGUUUAUAUUAAUAUGAUUCUUUUGGAGUAAGAGCAGUUAUUUAUCACCUCUUUUGGUAUAAAUCUAUGCUUUUAGUCUUUUUCCUUCAAUGAGUAUGUGUGAUAUAUAAAAGAUAGAAAAUAAAGUAUGAUAUAAAUUGAGAGCUUAAAUUUUAUAUAAUUUAUUUCUAUAAUGAAAAAAAGAUUGCUACCUUAUCAUUAAUUAAUCCCUUUGUUUUCUAGGAAAAAAGUGUAUUUGGCUUUUUAUACAGUUUCCUCAAAAUAUUAAAACUAUUUCUAGAACAAUGAUAAUUGAAGUAUAUUUUUAUACAUCUCAUCAGUGUGCUUUUAGAAAAUGUACUAAUAGAAAAGGAAGUACAAUAUAGAGCCAAAUUGAGAUGGUGGAAGAUUGAUGAGCAGAAUGCGUUAUCAAUAUUAUCUUGAGUACUAAGUCAAAAUAAAAGAUUAUAAGUGCGAAUUCGUGGACACAAUGCUUGUAUUUGCUAUAUACUUCCUGGUUUGCAUUUUGAGCUGUUUUGAUGUGGCAUAAGUAUAACCUUAGAGAAUACAUGUUAGCCUUUUCUCAGAGAAAGGUAUUUGCCUCGCAAAAACUUCUGGUUGAAUUCUUCUGUUUCUUUCUUUGCACCUGUACUUGAAUAGAUGAAUGUUACCUGAGAAAAAUCACAUAAAUGGACUGAAUGACUUUUUAAAUUCAUGAUCACAGUCUUGA